AACCACAUAAGAAGAAGAGGAGCUGGUGAGACAGGCGGAAGUAGGAGCACUUCUCAUUUCAGCGAGCGGAUGAUCAGUUAGUAUUAAUCAUUUAAAUAAACAAUCACAUUCAUCAAUCGUAUAGAAAAAAACUUGACAAAGCGCUCCGUGUUGCGCGGCUUCCUGCACGUUGAGCAAGAUUUUGCCAAAAUGACGGCGCCGGUGUUUUUUGGCUGUACUUUCAUUGCCUUCGGCCCUGCGAUUGCUCUGUUCCUGUUUACCAUCGCCCGGGAACCUCUGCGGGUCAUCUUCCUCAUAGCUGGAGCAUUUUUCUGGCUAGUUUCUCUCCUGCUGUCUUCUCUGGUUUGGUUCAUCUCCUUUCAGAUCAGUAAUAAGGACAGUGAAGCACAGCAGAAAGGUCUUCUCAUCUUUGGUGUGGUGCUGUCUGUCUUACUGCAGGAGACCUUCCGUUUUGGUUACUAUAAACUGCUGAAGAAAGCAAAUGAAGGGCUUCUCACCCUCAGUCAGGAGGAGACCAUGCCCAUCUCCAUAAGACAACUGGCCUAUGUGUCCGGCCUUGGCUUUGGAUUUAUGAGUGGAGCAUUUUCUGUGGUGAACAUUCUGGCUGACUCUGUUGGCCCCGGCACUGUUGGGAUUCAUGGAGAUUCACAACACUACUUCUUGUCUUCAGCAUUUAUGACGAUGGCCAUCAUCCUCCUGCACAUGUUCUGGGGGGUCAUUUUCUUUGACGCCUGCGAAAAGAAGCGCUGGUGGGCAGUGGCUGCUGUUGUCAUCAGCCAUUUGCUUGUUUCCUGUCUGACUUUACAGAAUCCACAGUACGUGGGCAGCCUGGUUCCCACCUACAUCAUCUUGUUCCUAAUGGGCAUGUGGGCCUUUUACGCUGCUGGUGGGUCGCUCAGGAACCUCAAACUUUGCCUCACCUGCAAGGACAAAGACUUCCUGCUCGCCAACCACCGGCCCAGAUAACGCAACACACACUCCAGAGAGCAUGCAGGACUCUACAUACAAAGAUAACUAACAGAUCCACACACACACAAACACACACAACCCCACAAGAGAGUAGAAUUUUGACAGCUGAGGGUAUUUUAUUGUUUUAAAAAAGGUAUGGUAAAAGCAGUGAAUGAGGUUUGUGGAACAAAUUUAACAUUUUGAUGUAGUUUCACAUCCAACUGUAGAUGAAGUUUGAUUUGUGUUUUUUCAUUUAUACGACAACAUUUGCCACCGUGGAUAAAUAUAAAAUAACCUUGAUGCAUGCUG